CCAGGGAUGCCGCGCCUGCGCGAACGGACCCGUUGCCAUGGUGACAGUUUUAGGUUUGUUUUAGAUUUAACCGCAGCCGCAAGAUGGAGGAAGCACCACCGGCUCCGGUCCUGCUGUAUGGAGAGGCGGAGGGGAUGGCGCAGAGUCUGCAGACAUUCACAAUAAAGGACACAGGCUCUGCAGGAUGGUUCAAACAACAUGAAUACAUCGAGAAGCUUAACAUGCAGGCUAUCCUAAAUGCAUCUACAGGACAAGAGGAGAUUAUUAAGGAACUGCUGGUCACUCAUGGAAAGAUUCCUACUUUAAUCCAUGAGCUGAUUGCUGUGGAAAUAUGGAAACUCAAAGUGUUCCCUGUUCUAUGUCAGUUGCAAGACUUUCAACCUAAGAGUACAUUUCCUCUCUACAUGGUGAUACACCAUGAAGCUACAAUUAUUAACCUAUUGGAGACCAUCUUCUACCAUAAGGACGUAUGUGAGUCUGCUGAGGAGCUAGCCCUGGAUCUCAUUGAUUACUGCCACCGAAAACUUACCAUGUUGGCAUCAAAGAGUUCAGAUGGAAUUAAACAAACAAAGGAAAGGCUUCUUGAUAACAUUUCCAGCGAGGCUUCAACCUUGGAGGAACUGAAGUUGCAAGCAGAAGAUCUUGAAUUUGACAUUGCAUUAAAGUGUCUGUCAGUCCUCCGUUAUAUCACUGAUCACACUGACAGUUUGCCUCUCAGUGUGACGACUCGGCUGCUGAACACCCACAAUCUACCCUGUGUGCUAGUAGAACUGCUUCAACACUGUCCAUGGAGUCGCAGACACAAAGGACAACUACAGAAGUAUGAGAGUGGCCGCUGGUUCCCAGUACCAGCAGAGGACCAGCUGAAGAUGACCAAGUUGGAUGGACAGGCUUGGAUAGCUCUCUACAACCUUCUGCUGAGGCCUGAGUGUCAACAGAAAUAUAACAUCAACAACUUCACAAAAGGACAGCUCCUAAAGCUUUGUUCUUUUCUUACUGAAGUCCUUAUUGAUCAGUUGCCAAAUCUUGUGGAACUCCAGCGUUUCCUGAGCCAACUGUCUGUCAGUGAACCAGCUGCACCAAAGAAGGAGUUUAUUUUGGAGCAGGUACCAGAGAUUUGGGAUUCAAUAAUCAGGAGUAAUUCUGGGAAAUGGAAGGCAAUAGCAAAGCACCAGGUGAAGCAUGCAUUUUCACCCAGCGAUGAGGAAUUACAGCUCCAAGCUCAGAGGUGGGCUCAGACAUAUAACAUGGAUGUCAUGGAGAACCUCGUUCCAGAUAAACCAAAGUGUGGCUCUUGUGGAUCAGAAGCAAAAAAACGUUGCUCCAGGUGUCAAAGCGAGUGGUACUGCAAUAGAGAAUGUCAAGUUAAACAUUGGCAAAAGCAUAAAAAGGUCUGCGAUGUGGUGAGUGAAUCUUUGAAGAAGAUUAAGGAAGAAGUGAAAGCUCAUGUGUGAACAUCAAGAGCCGAUUAGAUGUCUGACAACCAAAUACUUUGUGCCUUUUUCCAUCCCAUAACCUCUGAGCUGAAUUCCUGGGAAUUAUUUUGUGUAUGCAAUUUCCCAGGUUUAUUUCUAAAUUACCUAGAAAAGAAAUGCACCACUUGUCCAAUCUCUCAUUUGUUAUAGCAGAAUUAACAAAAGUAAUGUUUGUUUCACAAGAGGAAUAAGG